AUGGGAUAGGAAUUAAGAGAUUUUGAAAUUUUAGAUAAAUUAGGAGAAGGAGCAUACAGUUCUGUUUAUAAAGUUAAGCGGUAGUCAGAUGGUAAAAUAUAUGCGCUAAAGAGAGUAAUGCUAGGUACAUUAACUGAAUAAGAAAAACAAAAUGCAUUAAAUGAAGUCAGGAUUAUUGCUUCUAUCCGUCAUCCAAAUAUAGUGAAUUUCAAACAAUGCUUUAUAGACACACACUUAAAUUGUUUAUGUAUUAUCAUGGAGUAUGUAGAUAACGGGGAUUUACUAUCUCAUAUUAACAAGCACAUUAAGAACGGUACUUACUUUUAAGAGGAAGAGAUUUGGAAUGUAUUAAUAUAAGUUGUAAAGGGAUUACAGAGCCUCCAUUAAUUGAGCAUUUAUCAUCGAGACUUGAAAAGUGCAAAUGUGUUUAUGAAUAAAGACGGUUCUAUUAAGUUAGGUGAUUUUAAUGUUUCUAAAAUAUGUAAAUAAGGUCUUUUGUACACUUAGACGGGUACGCCUUAUUAUGCAAGUCCUGAAGUUUGGAGGGAUUUACCAUAUGAUAGCAAGGCAGAUAUAUGGUCUGUUGGUUGCGUGAUAUAUGAAAUUUGUGCAUUAAAACCCCCAUUUAGAGCAGAAAAUAUGCCUUCUUUGUUUAAAAAAGUAGUGAAAGGAUAGUACCAAAAAAUACCUUCUUUUUAUUCUCAGUAGUUGAGCUAAAUAAUUAGAUAAAUGCUUUAAGUGUCUCCUCAUUUACGUCCUAGCUGCAAAAAAAUAUUAGAAGAUGAAGUAGUAUAAAAACAUAUGAAUGAUAAACAUCUUGAAGAACCAGAUGAACAAGAAAGAUCUAUCCUUAUAAAUACAAUAAAAUUUCCUUAGGCUUUUAAAAAUAAAUAUGCUAAAAUAGAAUUUCCAAAACCUAAUUAUCACCCUGUAAAAAUAAGAAAAAGAAUUUCAAGCAACACCCGCUUGAUAACAACUUUUGAUUAAAGUGAAUCCAUUCUCUAAUGCACUAACAAGAGCAUGAUAGAAGAAUCAUCUCAUAAAAUGCUCACAGAAAAUUCUACUCAUUAACCACCUUCAAGCUAAAGACAUCACUCUUAAAGAUAAAUAUAAAACGAAGCUAGUAUACUUUCAAUGAUAGGUAUUGAAAAUACUAAUAUUAAUUCUCAUAGAUAACAAAAGAUAAAUAAAAAAAAUAGCUAUUGUUUAUAACAAUAAGAUAAAAUAGAAUUAUAAGAGGGAAUUCAAUAAAAUAAAAAAGAUUAUAUAAAUAUUAACUAGCAUGUAAAUUAUAUCUAAUAAAUUGAUAAAAUAAGCAACAUAGAAUUGAAUGACUAGCUAUUAGCCUCGUCUUAAUCAAAAAAAAAAACAAAUGCUUCUCAAUAGAAUAUUAAUGGUUUAAAUCAACAAAAUAUUAUUCAAGGAAAUUAACAUAAUGAAGAUUUAUUUAGUGAAUAUUAGUCCAAAGCACUUAUUAUAGACAAUUCUAAGAGUGUUUCUCUUGCAGAUGGUGAAAGAAAGAUAUAAAAAUAGAGUAUUUCAACAAAUGAGAGCCGAAGAAAAUCUAUUCAUGCUAGAUAAUCAAGUAGUCUAUCAUCAUAAGUUCAACCAAAAAAUUAUUCUUCAAUAAAUAAAUAAAAAUAGCUUUACAAAAUAUUAAAACAACCAAUCAGCAUAGUUAAAUAAAUUCAACAAUAACAAUCACCAUCUAUAAAUAAUUAAAAUGCUUAAACGAAUUAGAAUAUCAUUAAUUCAUAUAAUAACAGUUUAUUACUAAAUUAAUCUAUAAACAAUUAAUAAUAUCCAUAAAAAAAUAUUAUCAAAAACCAAAGCAUUUCAUCUGUUUUAAGGGAAAGUUUGAUUGCUCUAGAGAAAGAUAUAGCCAAAAGCACGAAAGGCUAAAGAGCCUCUAUAUAAUAAAACGAUAGUAAAGAAAUUAGCCAUGCUAAAGGAGAAUAAAUUUAAAGAGAUAAUGAAAAGUAAGUCUCAGUAAGUUAUUCACGCUCUCACAAAAAUUCUUAUCACGUAGCACCUGAUGGAGUUCAAAAAAAUGAAGAGGAUUUUAUAAAUGGAUAGUUGGACUCUAUAGCAUAAUAAAAUAAAAUACAAAGUUAUAAAGAUAGAAAUAUUAUACCAGAUAAAGAAAAUUUAAAUGAUAUCUAAUAUGUCUCCUAAUUAUAAACUACUUCUAAAACUACAAAAAACAUGAAAUAAAAUUCUAAAUUAAAUUAUGAAAAAAGUAAAAGUAGAGAAAUUAAUCAAAAUAGAUAAAGCACACAUUUGUAAGUAAUAUAAAAUGGCUAAGUGAAUUAGCACAGAAUACCCACGCUAUAUGAAUUAGAUAAAUCUCCUGUAGCAUAUAAUGAAGGAAGAAAAAAGAGUAAAUCAAUUUUCGAAAAAAACAGUACAACAGUUACAGUCCCUGACUAAUACAUGAAUUUAGAAUAUAAAUAUAAAAAAGAGAAAAUGUUAGAAAGCUCCUCAAGACAAUAAAUAGAUAAUAAUGAAAACACUGAAAAUAUAUUAAUAAAAAAACAAAUUAAAUAUUCUGGUGAAACUCCUGAAAAGUUAAUAAUUCUACCAAUAAUUAACCCUGUUAAAAAUACUAAAUAAGAUAGAAGUAUUUCGGUUUAGAGAAAAUACAGUCCAAUAUAUUCACAAAAUAAUAACAGGGAAAAUAUUUUAAAUAGGAAUGGGCACAUAUUUUAAGAAAACGAUGUUAAAAAGAAGUUACUUUAUAAUGAAAAUGAAUAAAAAAUAUUAGAUCCAAGUUAAAUGCAUUUAAAUUAAAAUAACUUAUACAUAAAUAGUCACAAAUAAAAUUACUACCACAAUAAGGUCUCUUAUUAGCAAACUCCUUUAGCAUAAGAUAAAUAUAAUAUUUAAUUAGAUAUGGAAACAAUUGGUAAUUAUAAAAGAAUCCAUAGUAAUUCAAUCAAACCUGCACAUAAAAAUUCUCUAUCUCCUUAGAAUUACAGAAACAACCAGCAAAGAUUAAUUUGA